AUGAUAAUCUAUAGUAUUAUCACUAAAAGACAAAUUCUUUUAAUUAAACAAGUGAAAGGACUCAUUAAAACUUUUCCAAUACUUCAGGAGGGUUUGAUUCAUAAAUACCUUCAGCACUUGUUCAGAAUUCUUAGGGAAUUCUAAACUAGUAUCGAGGAGGAAGUACAGUUACCAAUAAAAAUUUAAAUCCAUAUCAGAGUGCAUUAAAAAUUUCGAAUAAUCAAUUUGGCUUUACAGCUUAUAGUAAACCAAUAUUUAAUUUGCCUCAUGCCAAUAAAUUCUUAGUAAGAAUAUCUAAUCAUAUUAAUUUAUUAGUCAAGAGGAAAAAUAGCAAAUUACUAAGUGUAAAAAGGAUUGACCUAGAAAGUUUCAUCUCAGGAAUUUGCUUUGCCAGUUAUUAAUAAGAAGAAUUCAAUAUCAGAAAUCGAUAUAAAAAAUACUUAGCAGAGAUCUCAUCAAAGUAGUAUCUUGAAUCAUGUGCUUUAGAGUGAUAUCUUGGCAAAUUAAUGCUCUCCUCCGCAUCCUUCUCAAUCUAACCCUAAAUUAAGAACCACUUAACAGCUAUAUUCUCAAUAAACUGCGACAUCCAAAAUACUAAUCAGCUAAAAUAAGCAAAUAUAAUAAAGUCCGAGAUUCCUUGAUAAAAUCAGCCCAUACACAAAUUACAAAACUGACAUUGCAGAGAAUGAUGAGCUAGCUGAGUAUAGUAAAUCAGAGUCAGAUCCUUUUGAUAACCAAGAAAUAUCACCUUUAAAUUUGGAAUCAGAUGAAUAAAAUCUUCCAUCAUAGAGAAAUAUGAAUGCCUUUUAUGAUGGAAGCACUUAUUCUAAUUAGAAUAGGGAUAUCAUUACAAUUAAAGGAAAUAGAAAGUCAAUAAAUAUCUCAAAAGGAAACUUUAAUGAUAGAGUUUAAUAAAUGGUAAAGGAGAGUAAUUAGAUAUAAGACAUAAGUGAGAGAAGCAAGAGAAGUUAAAAUAAAUUGAAUGAUUCCAAAAACAUCAAUAAUGAUACCAGUGGAUAUUAGAGAUCAAAUGUUGUCUUAAAAAAGUAAUCAAUACCAGUUCUAAGUACUCAAGAUAUUUUGUAAUAGAACCAAUUCAAUCCUUUGAAUGGUGAUGCACAGCAACCAUUAAAGAAAAUCAAGUAAAAGACUAAGAAAAUAGAUAAAAAAGCUUUGUAGCAAUAACAAAGAGAUAACGAUAUAAAGAAAUACUUUCUAGCUAAUAUAAAUUCACAAUUAUAGUUCUCUAAUACUGAAUUUUCUACUCCAGGUUCUUCUUCUAAGUUCUUAGAGGAAUAUCAAUUGGAAGAAAAAAGUUUAUUAGGUUCAGGUGGCUAUGCUGAAGUAAGACUUGCCACUCACAAGAAGACUGGACUCUUGGUUGCUAUCAAAAUAUACGAAAAAUAUAAAUUAAUUGACCCUCAAAUAAAGCAGAAUUUAAUUAGAGAGAUUAAAAUCUUAUCCCGCUUAAAUCACCCUAAUAUUAUGAAGCUAUUUGAAUCAAUAGAUACUUUAAGUCAUGUUUAUCUUAUUAAUGAGUAUGCUAAGGGUUUACCCUUGAAUGAUUAUGUAAAAUCCCUAGAUCCUCAAAAAUUAGAGGAAGUAGAUGCACAAAAUAUACUUAGAUAGAUUUUUGAUGCAUUAGCUUAUUUACAUUCUAAAAAUAUGUGCCACAGAGACAUCAAACUUGAAAAUAUAAUUAUAGAUCCAGAAACCAAGAUUAUUAAAAUUAUAGAUUUUGGUUUUGCUGUCUAUAGCACUAAGACAUUGAAGUUGUAUUGUGGCACGCCGACAUAUAUGGCUCCUGAGAUAAUUGCUAAAAAAGAAUAUAAAGGUCCUCCCAUCGAUAUAUGGACCAGUGGAAUCGCUUUUUAUAUUAUGCUUUGUGGAUUUUUCCCCUUCUAUGCACAUACUGACAGAGAAUUAGGAAGGAAAAUAUCUCAGGGUAUUUUCCACAUUCCAAAAGAACUGUCUGAAUAGUCUGUUAAGGUAUUAUAGAAAAUGCUUGUUGUUGAUCCAAAUUAGAGAGCUUCAGCUGCAUAAAUUUUAGAUGACCUUAAUUCUUUAAAAGAUAAUUAAAUUCAAUCAAUAGCUCAAACAGAAAGAGUUGAUGAUUCAAGACUUAUUUUAGAAAAGAAAACCUCAAGUUAGAUGAUUCUCUUUGAAAAGCAUUUGGAUAAUGGAAGAGGGCCAAUUCACAAAAGAUCUAAGCCAUAAUUAAGUCCUAGAUCAAAGACUCAAUUUCAGUGUGAACCAUAAAUUCUCGAUGAAGAUACUCUCUAGCAUCUAAUAAAACUUGGAUAUUCUGAAAAUGACAUUAAGUAAAACUUUAACAAGGAGACUGAAAUGAUAGGGAUAUUAUAUAAAAGAUUAUUGACUUUAAAAUCAUCUAAUUUACCAAUGUGA